AUGGCUGCUUCCGCAUCCCUGGCAUUCAGAUCAGUCCGAAAGCAGUCGAUUUCGUCUUCGUCGUCGCCCGCCUUUGACCCUUCAGCGCUAUCGGCAGCCACCAUGCCUCUGUCGCCUUCUCCCUUGCCAGGCAUGAACUCAUCCGCUGUUUCCUCCGCAGCCUCCAGCUCGGCAGAUGGCGGCAUCGGCUCGUCCCUGAUCGGGCCCGGUGGUGCCGCACUCAUGGCCGGCGCUCCCGCUGCCGCCAACACCAUCGCCAACAAGCAGGCUGUCGCCGGCUCUUCCCUCUACCAGGCCUGCCUCAAUCUUCGCGAUCGUCUCUACUCGGUGCCAGGCUUUGGCGAGGCGUAUCUGGACGAGAUGGCUGCCAAUUCGGCUAUAUCGACUGCCUCUGCUUCCGAUCCACUCUCUCCGACCGCGGGCAGCCCUACCUCACCAAUAGGCGCACCCGCACGAAAAUCGAGCAGCGAUCCCGUGACACAGCUUUGGCAGUGCUUCCGUCUCGGCUCGCCCCUCUGCGCCCUCUUCAAUACGAUGAACCCGGAAGUCGAGUUGCCAGUCAACCCGGAUGCAAACCGUUCCAACGCAAACGCCUGCAAAGCACAGGUCAUGAAGUUCAUCAUUGCGCUCAAGGAGAAGCUCGGAUGGGAUCCCGACGACAUUUUCACAGUCUCUCAACUCUACCUCAACGAUACCAACGGGUUUGUCAAAGUGGUACGAACCAUCAACCGUCUGCUCGAUGUCUUUGAAGAGCGCGGUCUCCUCAUCGAGACAAAUCGCAAGAGCGACAACGAUGAUCUCGACCACCCCGCAGACGACCGUGCCAAAGUCAUCCGAGAGCUUCUCACCACCGAGAGAAAGUACGUCCAGGAUCUCGAAGUCAUGCAAAACUACGCACGCGCCCUCGCACAGUACGACAUACUACCUCCCGACACGCUCCACAACCUCUUUGGCAACCUCAACAAGCUCGUCGACGUGCAACGCCGCUUCCUCAUCUGCGUCGAAGAAAAUGUCCGCCGACCACCCGACGAGCAGCACUUUGGCCAUGUUUUCAUGACCAUGGAAGACGAUUUCACCGUCUACGAGCCCUUUUGCGCAAAUUACAACCUCGCCUUGGACCUCAUCAACCAGGAAGCGCACAACUUGGUCAGACUCAAAGGCAUGCCCUUGGCGCAAGGCUGCUACCUCGAUCCAGCCUACGAGCUACCUACCUUCAUGAUCAAGCCAGUGCAGCGCAUCUGCAAGUACCCGUUGCUACUCGAGCAGCUGCUCAAAAAGACGCCCGAAGACGCGCCUCGCUAUCAGGAGCUCGAAGAUGGUCUCGAGGUCAUGCGCAGGAUCACGGACAAGGUCAACGAGACCAGCCGUCUUCAGGAAAACGCCCAGCUCGUCACGGAGCUCGAAUGGCGUGUCGAAGACUGGAAGGGCCACAACAUCAAGACGUUUGGUCUGUUGCUACUCUCGGACGUGUUCAUGGUGGCAAAGAGCGACACCGAGAGGGAAUAUCACGUCUACCUGUUCGAAAAGAUCUUGCUCUGCUGCAAAGAACUUGCGCCCGCUGCGCAGAAGAAGUCAUCCAAGAACAACUCGCUCCUCAAGCAGAAAGGCGGGCCCGCAUCGGCUGCCGGAGGCAAAAAGGCCAAGACGAUGCUGCAGCUCAAAGGGCGUAUCUUCAUCAACAAUGUGACCGGAGCCUUUGCCAACUCCAAGAUGAGCAGCAUUCUGGGCGCACCCAGCGGGCAACACGCUCUGCAAGUAUGGUGGAGAGGUGACGUCGAUCACGAAUCUUUUGCGCUCAAGUGCAAAAACGAGGAGCAGCUCAAGCAGUGGCAAGCCGCCAUCAACAAGCUCAUCGACGAGGUCAACCUGCGACGACAGCAGGCCGCAGCGCAACACUAUUCUCAGCAACAGCAGCAGCAGCAACAGCAACAGCAACACAGCAUCAACAUGGCCGGCGCCGGCGUACGACGCAUCACGCAAACGACGUCGCACUUCCCACAGACGCCGCUGUCCGAAGUGGGCCCAGUGAAUCCGUUCACCAAUGCCAUACUGCCGCCGUCAGGUCUUUCGCGCACCCAGAGCCAGGCGAGCUCGUAUCGCUACGACGACGAGGAUUCGGAGGGUGCGAGCUACUACGAGCCCACAUCGGGACGUGCGACGCCUGCGCAGGGUCGGUACUCGCAACCAGGCUCCGAGGGGCGCGAACGCGGCAACUCUCUCGCUAGCAAUGGCAACAUCGACUUGAGACCUCGCGCACGCACCGAGGAUCAGGAUUCGAGCGUCAUGGCGCAAUGGCGGUCGCAUUCGCCCGCUGUGCCGCCACCCAUGCCUCGCGGGUUGAGCUAUUCUUCGGGCGCAGAUCAGCAUCAGCAUGCGUUGCGCAAAGCCAGCUCGUCGCGUCAACUUCGACAAGCUUCAUCUAAUGCACGAGCACCACGAGCCGGUGGCGUGGACGGCGGGGCUGUCGAGUAUCUCGACGGGUCUUCGGAUUCGGCAUCGAGCGAUAUGAGGUAUGGAGCAGGAGCAGGUCGGCCUCGCGGAGAUUCGGUUGCUUCGAGCAUGUCACGCACCACGUCGGAUUCCGGGGCAGCGCAUAGCCGAUCGCGGUCGGCGUCGAAUCCGCAGAUGUAUGUUUUGCCGCCGCAUAUGCAGGGUCCUGCGCCGCCGAUGCCCAAAGUGACGUAUGUCGGGGACAUGAAGAAUGGACACGGUGCGAGCGCGAGUUCUCCUACUUCGGGGACUGGGCCGUCGACGUCUGUGGCGGCAGCACCAGGAACAGCGGCCAAUGGCGUGGACAAGCGGUUCUCUAGCUCAUCGAUCUCGACGUCUGAAUCGGGCCAGUCGGGUCAAUCACGCCCGCAGUCGUCGACCGCUGCUUCGUCGCCUGUCAACGUCAACGUCAACGGGUACAAUGCGCCCAAUGCGCCCUCGACGCUGCGCAAUCAGCAAUCAGGGCACGCUUACCGCUCUCAAACUGCUGCAACCGCCGCCACCGCCGCAGCCUCGUCCUCCGCCGUCAAGCUCAACGUUAAUUUCCAAGACGACAGGUACGUCGUCGUCGUCCUCUCCACCACCACAUUCAGCGCGCUGCUCGAAAAGGUGACCAAGAAGAUCCGCCUCUGCAGCGGCAAGCUGGUCGAACACACGUUGCGCAUGCGCUACAUCGACGAGGACGGGGACGCCGUCUUGAUCAGCGACGACGACGACGUCCAGAUGGCCUUCGACAGUGCUCACGCUAGUGCCAGUGGCGAGGUCGAGCUUGUGGUCAACUGA